AAGCGGAUCGAAAAAAUGUUCAGUCUCUGCUGAAAUCUGUCAAAUCAGCUAGAAAAAGACCUGUUCAGAGCCCAAUUAAGCCUUGUCAAAGUGUUUAAACAAGUCAAAAGAACGCUCUUUACUCAUUAACUGACAAUUCGCUUGCGUUCCAAUUCGCAGGGAAGCCAGAAAUUUCCCGAUUCAAUCAUUGGGAAGGAAAAAUUUUGAUUCCUUUUCCGAUCGUAUCAAUUAAAAUUUCGGAAAAAUUAUUAAAAAUUCACUACAUAAGGAUUAUAUGUAACACCCAUCACAAAGGAAAAAUUAAUUUUGAACAAGAGAAGCUGCUAGAACAAGAAAAAAAUCUUUCAACAAAAACAUCCGAAGAGCAAAGGAAAAAAUAAAAAGUGAAAAAUGGUGCAAAAAUACACGAGCCCCGUUCGCAUCUACAAAUACCCGUUCGAGUUGGUCAUGAAAGCAUACGAACGACGCUUUCCGAUAUGUCCCCAGAUGCCAAUUGUGCUGGAUUGCUCAGUGAUUCACGACAUCGAGACAGAAAACGGUGCAAAACGCGAGACAAAACGUUAUUGCAAGCUGGCGGUUGACGCUCCCUAUUUGUUCAAAAAGAUGAUCGGCAUCGAUGUGGCCUUCUUUUUCCAAACAAAUUUCCUGGAUAUGCGCGCCCGAACACUCAACAUCGAAGCAACGAACGAAACUUUCUCGUCGCGCGUCGAAAUUUUCGAAAAGUGUCGCUAUUACGUGCAUCCCGACAAUCCCAAUUGGACCUGUUUCGAUCAAACCGCCACACUGGACAUCAAAAACUUCUUCGGAUUCGAGCAUUCGUUGGAGAAAUGGGGCAUGAAGCAAUACACACAAACCAUCCUCAAGGGCAAGGAAAUUAUUGAGUUUUUCAUUGAAGAGCUGAAAAACGAGGGAAUUACGCAUGUCGAUAAAUGGGUUGAUCCGCCGGGAUACGUGGCACCAACAGAAACGCCCGCUGUCGAGGAGAAAAAAGAAAACCAAGAAGGCAGCAAUAAUUCCGCUUCGAACAACGCAAACAGCGAGGAAAAGAGUUUGAGCGAAUUUUUGGAUGCCGACUACAUUCUCAAGUAUCUCGGGCAAUUAUCGCCCUUGCAGGAAUCGCGUUUGGUGCAGUUGCGACAAAAACUGGAAGAAAGCGAAGUAAAAAAAUAUCCGGAUUACCCGACUUUGUUGCGUUUUUUGCGUGCCCGGGACUUCAGUAUUGAAAAAUCGUACACCAUGUUGGUGGAUUCGUUGAAAUGGCGCGAGGAACAUCGUGUCGAUCACUUGCUGGACGAGUAUCGGAUGCCGUCGGUGUUGACGAAACACUUUCCCGGAGGCUGGCAUGACUUUGACAAAGACGGAAGACCGUUGUACAUUCUCCGUUUGGGGCACAUGGAUGUCAAGGGAUUGCUCAAGUCCAUUGGAGAAGAUGGUUUAUUGAAAUUGACUUUACACAUUUGCGAAGAAGGUCUCAAGAAGAUGCAAGAACAAACGAACCGCGAAGAGAAACCAAUUUGGUCGUGGUGUCUUUUGGUCGACUUGGAAGGACUUUCUAUGCGUCAUUUGUGGCGUCCCGGAGUGAAGGCUCUCUUGAGAAUUAUCGAAGUUGUGGAGCAAAAUUACCCAGAAACCAUGGGACGAGUGUUGAUUGUUCGAGCUCCAAGAGUUUUUCCCAUUUUGUGGACUAUUGUCAGCGCUUUCAUUCAUGAGAACACAAGACAAAAAUUCCUGUUCUUUGGAGGACCUGAUUGCUUGCACAUUGAAGACGGCUUGGAACAUUACAUGCCAGUAGAGAAAAUUCCUGAUUUCCUUGGAGGUCCUUGCACGGCAAACUUUAUAACUCGACCGGAAUCUGUUUCAUCAAAGUUUUAUACCCGUUGCUACACACACGCAUGUCACUGUACUCUCAUACACGAAGGUGGGCUUGUGCCAAAAUCGCUGUACCGCAACGAGUCAAUGGAUGAGCACGAUGGAAGUCAUCACGAUCAUAGUGGUUUGUAUCAAACAAUAAAUCUGACAGCGGGACAAAUUUUCGAGCUCAUGAUCAAAAAUAACGAUCCCAAGAGUGUGAUAACGUGGGACUUUGAUUGUACAAAGGCAGAUGUCUUGUUUACUGUUUAUCACACUGAUAAGGAAUUGCCUAAUGACUUAGGAGAUUCAUAUUCGUCAAUAUUUGACUUGUCUGGUUUCGAGGAAGGUGUCAAUUAUACAAAAGUAGAGCAGACAAUAACGUGUCAUCCAAAGGAGAGUUGUCAAGGCUCUCACGAAAUGAUGUCACACGGUACCUAUAUCCUGCAAUGGCAAUUGCCACCUGGAUCUACAACGGGCGCUCAAUUAAUGUACUUUUACGAAAUCCUGAGCUCAGCAAACUACAAAGGCUCAAUGACUAGUCUACAAUCAGCGAUGAGCAUUGCCAGCUCGCAGCAAUCCCGAUGAUAAUGAAUUCCUGAUUCGCAGUAAUAAUAACAACACAACAACAACAACAAAUAAUAACAAUAUUUACGUUAAUGGUGGAUGAAAAAGUUACUGUAAUCAGUUCGAAUCAAGAGAUAAUGAAAAAAAAAUUGCCAAGAAAAAAAAUAAUUUUAAGUAAAAAAUUGACGAUGAAGAAUAGAAAAAAAAGCAAGAUGAAAGAUGAAUCUCAAAAGUGGUUGUUAUAAUCAAAAUCUUUGAUAACUAACGAUGUUUCAAUAAAAAAAAAAAUUAUUAACUUUACUGAAGCUGACAAUUUAUGCUUCGACCAUCAUCAAAAAAAUUUUCAUCCCGUAAUCCUGUUUUAAAUUUUUAUUC